AUGGCGGCGGGGGCGGGGGCGGGGCCGUACGAGGAGAUGCUGCAAGUGGUGGAGGCGUGCGCGGCCCGGAUCCGGUGGCGCCUCCGCCCAGCUUCCAAGCGCCGCCUCCUCAACGAUAUCCUGUUUCUCUGCACCGGGUUGCGGCCUGUGGUUCUGGUUGACUAUGGUGGCACAAUGCCUCAGCUACAAGAAGAUCUCUGUAGCCUGCUGCAUCAUGCCCAGCAGGAAACAAGCAUAUUGAAUCCACUCCGGGUGAUGAUUAUUGGAGAUAUGCUUUACUUAAUCCAUGUUAAAGGACUUGCUGAACAUGCAUUACCAAACACAAGGUCGCAGCAACGGCUAGCUUUCGUGGACCUAGAGAAAAGAUGUUGCAGUCUGCUUACAACCAUAGAAGACAAUGACACUGUGCUGGAGCUUGUAUCUAUACAAGAUCAAUUCGCAGCCAAAUUUCCUGUAGAUCUGUCUGUUGUUGGACCUGAAAUAACAAAGCAAAUGUCAGGAAUUCCACAGAGUACUGUUGAUGCAGAGUGCACCGACAAUCACGUUGAGGACAGGACCUUAUUGGUUGUUGAUCUGAGUACCUUCCUUGAGAACACGCAAAUUGCCUUGCCUUCUCUGAAUGGGUGGCUUUUAGGUUAUCCAGUAACAUAUUUGUUCCGCAAUGCAAGUUUUGAGGCGGGCAUACAGAAUAUCUCAAGGCACUCUCUGCAUAUCUACCGAGUAUAUGUGUGCAGAAGUUAUCGGUCAGUUGGCAAACAAUCAGAAGGGGAACUGAUGAGUUUUUCAGUUCCUUGUGGCUCGAGCACGAAGCGUGAUGAAGAAGUAUGGGCCAAAUCGUUUAUAGCUCGCAUGAAUGAGAAGCUCAGGCGAUGCAACCAAGUCUGGGCAUCCAUAAGGCUAGAGGUCGAGGUUUUCCAGAGCCAGUCGCAGGUCAAAGGUCAUUGUAAUGGACGUGGAAUCACGCCCAGCAUCUUGCCGGAGACUUGGAAGCAAGAGACUGAAGAAGCCCAAUACUCGAGUCACCGGCCCAGAAUGGACCUCCAAGUCACCAUGAAGGUUGAGGAGCAAUUCGCUCUCAUCCUCACCAAGCUGGAUGAGCAAUCCAAGGAGACCUCGGAAGGGAAUCGUCGGAUCAACGAGGUCCAUGCUUCUGUUGAGGAUCUCAAGCUGGCGAAGGAUGAUUUCGAGCGUUGGCAGCCGAAGGUGACUUUUGCUGGCAGCGGUUAG